UAUGCGACAAAUUUGGGUUGCUAUCGGACGAAACCGGUGUACAUCCAGGUCAUGGUCCGGAUGGAAUCCACAUCAGGCCUCUCUGCCUGGUUUGAAUCUUGUCACUAGACGGGGUUUGUGAGCGUGCACUCGGGUGGGCACAGGAAUGUCCAUACUUUGCUCACCAGCCUUUGGGGCGUUGAAUCUUCCUCAUUUCGCGGAUGGCAUACUGCAAUGGCGAGUUCCAAAUCACGACUGACGACUCUACGAACUUGCACGUCACGAAUGGCCAACUAUACAUCACCCCGACGCUCACCAGCGACAAUCUCGACGGUGGCUAUCCGGCGAUCUUCGACGGCGGUUCAUUCGAUUUGGGUGACAGUUGCUCGACAGAUAACACGACUGCGUGUUCGAUCAAGUCGUCCAACGACACCGGUACCGUCAUCAACCCCGUCACCUCGGCUCGUAUCAACACGAAGGGCCACUACCAGCUCAAGUAUGGCAAGGUCGAGGUCGUGGCCAAACUUCCUCAGGGUGACUGGCUUUGGCCUGCCAUCUGGAUGCUGCCCAACAGCACCGACGUGUACGGACAGUGGCCGAUGUCUGGCGAGAUCGAUAUCAUGGAGGCUCGUGGCAAUGCAGCGUCCUAUGCCGGCCAGGGAGUGAACUACGUGCGCUCGUCGCUGAACUACGGCCCGCUGGCAGCGUUGUACACCACGCUGUACGGAUGGUGGAGCGAGAAGCAGUCUACGUUCGCCGACGACUUCCACACGUACACACUCGAGUGGACGGAGGACUUCAUGCGGCUCUACGUCGACACGCGCCUCGACGCCAUGCUCACGGUCAAGCUCCAGGGCAAGAGCGGCAAGAGCUUCUUCAACCGCGGUGGUUACCCCAGCACCACGCAGAACGGCUCUAGUGAGGCCGUCGUCUCUAACAUAUGGGAGCAGGCAGGCGGAGGCCCGAAUGCGCCGUUCGACCAGGAGUUCUACCUGCUUAUUGACUUGGCCGCUGGAGGUACGAGCGGGUGGUUCCCUGACAACGUCGGUGGCAAGCCGUGGUAUGAUGGCUCGGACUCGGCUAUGCGCGAGUUCGCGGAGGCGCAGGCGACAUGGUCGGGCACUUGGCCGUCGAGCACCGACGACCGGUCCUUCAGGAUCAAAUCGGUCAAGAUGUCGAAGCUGUGCUGAUUGUGUUUACGGGCCCUCUCGAAUCCUCUCCGCUUGCUCUACCAUUGCUCUCGAACAUCACCAUGCUUCCGCUCCCAGCAUCCAACAUCUGUCUCAUUGUUCGCCAACUUGUGUGUAUACCCUGCGGGGGCCUACUGCUAUACAUCGCCACGGACAUCGACGAUCGCG